AUGUGUUGGUCUUCUCAUCGUCAUCAACAGCAGCUGAAAUUUUUAAUAUUUAUUGUGAUUUUAUUAAUACGGGCCAAUACGUUGGAGGGUCAAAGAACUGUCAGUGGCCGUGGUGUAUUACGUCGAAAUUAUACGGGUAAAAAACCAGUGCUGAUACAACAUCGUACCCCAGAUGCUGUCAAUUAUUAUGAUCAUGAAAAUGGUGCCAAAAUAAUCAAAUCCUCCCACUUUGAAUUGGACUAUACAUUGGGACGAAAAAUCACCUUCUUUUGUAUGGCUCAGGGUAAUCCUCGCCCCACCAUAACCUGGUUUAAAGAUGGCUCGGAAUUGUAUCAGCAUCGUUUCUUUCAGGUCCAUGAGGCCCAUAUCGAUAAUAAUAUUAUUAAAUCGAAAAUGGAAAUUGAUCCGACUACACAAAUGGAUGCGGGAUACUAUGAAUGUCAGGCGGACAACAUUUAUGCCAUUGAUCGGCGAGGUUUUCGCACCGACUAUGUUAUGGUGAAUUUUUGAA